GCGACUCCCUGAGGCGGCGACGACCAUGUCGGGGGUUCCGUCGGUGCGGAUCAGCAUCGAGUCGGCGUGCGAGAAGCAUGUGCAGGAGGUGGGGCUGGACGGGAGCGAGACCUACCUGCAGCCGCUCUCCAUGUCGCAGAACCUGGCCCGCCUGGCGCAGCGCAUCGACUUCAGCCAGGGCAGCUCCGGCUCCGAAGAGGACGAGCCCAGCCCCGGCGGUGGCGGCGGGGGGCGAGAGUGGCCUGGGGCCGCCGCCGAGAAUGACGACGAGGAGGAAGGUUUGGUAAAGUUUCAGCCAUCUCUCUGGCCUUGGGAUUCAGUGAGGAAUAACUUGAGAAGUGCCUUGACUGAGAUGUGCGUGCUCUAUGAUGUCCUCAGCAUCGUCAAAGAUAAAAAGUUUAUGACUCUGGAUCCAGUUGUGCAAGAGUCAGUACCUCAGAAGCAGAAUCCUCAAGUUCUGCAGUUGAUUUCCAAGAAGAAAUCAUUAGCUGGAGCAGCCCAAAUCCUUCUGAAAGGUGCUGAGAGGCUGUCUAAGUCAGUCGCAGAGAACCAGGAAAAUAAGCGGCAGAGAGACUUCAACUCUGAAUUGCUAAGGCUGAGACAGCAUUGGAAGUUGAGGAAGGUGGGAGAUAAAAUCCUUGGAGACUUGAGCUACAAAAGUGCAGGGUCUCUCUUUCCACAUCAUGGCACAUUUGAAGUAAUUAAAAACACAGACAUUGAUCUGGAUAAAAAGAUCCCUGAUGACUACUGUCCUUUGGAUGUCCAGAUCCCCAGUGAUUUAGAAGGAUCAGCCUACAUCAAGGUGUCUAUUCAAAAACAAGCUCCAGAUAUAGGGGAUCUUGGAACAGUAAACUUGUUUAAAAGACAUCUUCCAAAGUCAAAGCCAGGAGCUCCUCAUUGGCAAACCAAACUUGAAACUGCACAGAAUGUCCUGUUAUGUAAAGAAAUCUUUGCCCAGCUCUCUCGAGAAGCUGUGCAGAUUAAAUCUCAAAUUCCGCACAUUGUAGUGAAGAACCAGAUCAUUUCCCAACCAUUCCCAGGCUUACAGCUGUCUAUUUCCUUGUGUCACUCUUCAAAUGACAAGAAAUCCCAAAAAUCUGCUUCUGAGAAGCAAAGUCCAGAGGAUCACCUCUAUGUCCUUGAACAUAAUUUGCACCAGCUGAUCAGGGAGUUUCACAAGCAGACCUUGAGCUCCAACAUGAUGCCUCACCCAGCCAGUGCCCCCUUUGGCCUUAAGAGGAUGAGACUGGCAGGGCCUCAGGCCUUUGACAAAAAUGAAAUCAGCUCCUUGCAACCCAGCGAAGGGCUACUGGAGAAGAUUAUAAAACAGGCGAAGCACAUAUUUCUGAGACGCAGAACUGCCCGGACCAUUGACAGUCUCGCCAGUCGUAUUGAGGAUCCUCAGAUCCAGGCCCACUGGUCCAACAUCAAUGACGUCUAUGAAUCAAGCGUCAAAGUCCUGAUCACCUCCCAGGGUUAUGAGCAGAUAUGCAAGUCCAUUCAGCUGCAACUGAAUAUCGGCAUAGAGCAGAUCAGAGUAGUACAUAGAGAUGGACGAGUUAUUACGUUGUCCCAUCAAGAACAAGAGCUGCAAGAUUUCCUCCUGUCUCAGAUGUCGCAGCAUCAGGUGCAUGCAGUUCAGCAACUGGCCAAAGUGAUGGGGUGGCACAUGCUCAGCUUCAGCAAUCACAUGGGUCUGGGCCCAGUCGAGAGCAUCGGGAAUGCAUCAGCCAUCACUGUGGCAUCGCCAAAUGGAGACUAUGCUAUUUCAGUGCGCAAUGGCCCAGAAAGCGGCAGCAAGAUUAUGGUGCAGUUUCCACGCUGCCAAUGCAAAGAUCUCCCUAAGAGCGACGUGCUGCAGGACAAUAAAUGGAACUACCUUCGGGGCCCCUUCAAAGAGGUUCAGUGGAACAAAAUGGAAGGGCGCAACUUUGUGUGCAAAAUGGAACUCCUUAUGGCCGCUAUGACGCCCUGCUCGUAGGGUGAACGAUAUGCCAAGCAGGACAUUUGUUUUGGGACAAGAUUAGCAAAAGGAAACCAUUGAGGUGCAGCAGGGAUGUUGCAGUUCUGCAUUUUCUUACUUGCUCUUCCUGCUUAUGUGGAUUUUAAAUAGGCAGUAAUCCCCAUGUAUAUAGGACCCUUUCAGUAUCAAAAGUUUGCUUGUGUGUUUUGAUUUUUUCCCGCCAAGUGACAGUUACAAUGAUGUUCCUGCGAUAACCUGUCACACCAUACGGAUCCAAGAUUUUGACGGAAAUUUCAAAUGCGGCUUGUAAAAACAUUGUACAGUUUUCUAGUCUUAAACAGAACCGGCAGCUGAAUCUUCACACAGAACUGGCAGCUGAAUCUUCCUUUUGUGACAUUUAGCACAUUGCUUUGGAUUAUUAUUUUGGAUACUUUUGGGGGGGGGGCGGAUUUUUCUUUUACCAGUGUGAGUGAAUGGCGUACGUAACAUUCACGGCCAGCAGAAGAUUGCAUAAUGGCUAAUUAACAGAUCCUAACUCAAGAUCCUUUUUGCAUUGAGUAUUUCCUGUCUCCACAGCCUUCAGAGGCAUUCAUAUUUAUGUAAAAUUUGCUUUCUGAUAAAAUCAUCUUUGAGGGACACAUCUCAGGUUAAUGGCUUAUAGACUGCAGGAGCUGGCCCACUGGCUGCAGGAAAAUACCACCCUGGGCUCAGAUUCAUGUGACACAUUACAUCUUGCAAACUGUCAUGUAAUGUCCAUGUAGCACUAUAAUCCAGAUGCGGAUGGGGGCCGAGUGAGUGAGAGCAUACCUAAGUACCUCAUUAAAGAAGUCAGACUUUCCACAGGUCAGAAUAGAUAAAUACCUGGUUGUUUUUCUCAUUCACUGUCUUCCAUUCCUACAGCCUGUCUUUCGUUUUUGUAGAACAAAGUAGGCGUCAAAUGGCACCUUUAAAACCAACGGAGUUUUAUUGUGUGCUAGAAGCACACUUCAUCAGACAAUCAGAAAGCUUGCAUUCUGAAUAAAGCUUGGUUGGUCUUAAAGGUGCAGCUUGACUCCUACUUUGUUCUAUUGCUUCAGGCCAACAUGGCUGCUCACUUGGAUAUUUUCCUUUUUAUAGGAUGGUGUAUUACACAGCUGUUGUCCUCGAUGCUUGCUUUUGCUUUACAGGUGGCUUUUUUAGAAUUUUGAAUGGGCUAGGGCAGUAUUUCUACUCUCCGUCGGUUUAUUCAGCCUUCAUUUAUGCAUUAACUUGAGUCAGCCUCAAGAAAUCUCCAUGGUUAGGUGUUUUCUUCCUGUUUCUAUCACGUGUCAGAUACACAGCUCAACUGGUGUAUUCACUUCCCGAUCUUUGAGAGGGCAGACUCUAGAGUUUUGUUCAGUGGCCUCUCUCCAUCUGAUUCUACCUGUUUAAAAGACAUGAUACAGUUGGGUGCCCAAAUCCAUGGAAUUGGAGUAAUUUUGGCCUUUUCAGUUGCCUUAGGCAAAGCAGACUUUUAAUGUACCUCCAAAACACAUGUUGAAGAAUCACCCUUUGCUGUACUGUGUUUUCCUGCUUCUCUGUAAAAAAAUGGUAUGCUCAUUUUGUAUGAAGGGUAUUGAGUUUGUACCCACUUUUUUACACCUGUGGGAAAUAAACAGGAUGUUCAUUUU